AAACAAAUUAGUAUUUCCUUGAGAUCCAAACUAUUCAACAUGAAAGUGGCAAUUUUCACUUUAGCGGUCAUAGCAGCUGUUAACGCAGCUGUUCUGCCAUCACAAACAUUGGGUGUGACCAAGGAUGAGAUCGAUGAACUAGUAAAGGAAGCACUUGAUAAUUACUUGAAAAAACUACAAAAGGACGGUGUUCAUUUUGGUCGAUCUCCUCUCCUGCCACUGGAACUUAAAGAUGCCAAACUUUACCUUCAGCUGUUGGAUCUUGAAGGACAUGUCUCAGAAUUACCAACUUAUGAGGAAUCUAGUACUUUAACAGACACAGAACUUGAUCUUUCUCUAAAGGGUUCAUUCAAGAAUUUCAAUACCAAAGGCCAACUUAGUCUAACCGGGAGUGUUAAAGGAAAGCCUUUCUUGCAAAAAGGAGAUGUUGUCAUGUCUUGGGAAGAUGUUGAUCAGGAUGUCUUCUUCAAAGCAGUUUACGAUUCAAAAUCUGUGACUGUGACCGAUAUGAAAUUUGACAACGAUUUCAAAGUCAACCAAGUAAAACUUACAGGACUCGAUGUAGAAGGAGUUACAGAGCAAGAAUUGGAAGAAGCUGUUCAAAAAGCAACCAACAAAUUUGUUCAAUAUGUUGAAAGUGAAGUUCAUCAUAUGGAUUGGGCUGGAGUGUUAAACCAGUUUUUCAAAGGAAAAAAUCUCGAUCAAGUCUAUCAAAUGUUGAAGCUACUUUUAACCAGUAGUUAAUUACUCAAUUUUUGAAAAAUAAAGAUUAUAGAGAAAAACUA